CAUUCAUGCACCCUAUCGUGGUCUAUCCUUUGCAUUUCAACUUCUUCAACCUGGUCUCAGGACUUUCCCUCAUGGCCAGCGGUGGAUGCAAUAGGAGAUCCCUCACUAUUAAGCGUGUCAUGCUGAUUGGGUUCCUCCUAUGCGUAGGAGCCAUCCCAUUCUGCCUCUGCCUAGGCAGCGAAGGUAUCUCCAAGGUGGGGGGCAGCUGCAUAGAGAAUGAGAGGAGAGCUCUCCUUGCCAUCAAAGCAGAUAUCUAUGAUCCUCAUGAGCGGCUCACUUCUUGGAUGGGCCCGGACUGUUGCCAAUGGAGGGGAGUUGGCUGUGACAACAGUAGCGGCCAUGUGGUCAAGCUCAAACUCAGAUUUCUUGGACCAACUAGUAAGGUAAAUCCUUCUAUAUCUAGCUUGAUACAUUUGAGGCAUCUGGAUUUGAGCAUGAACAGCUUUUCUGGAGCACCCAUCCCUGAAUUCAUUGGUUCUCUCAUGCACUUGAAGUAUCUUAACCUCUCCAAUUCUGGGUUUGGUGGACCCAUUCCUCGCCAGAUUGGAAAUCUCUCGAACCUGCAUUCUCUAGAUCUGGGAACUAAAAUGUAUGGCUCUUAUGCACUACAAGCUGAUGACCUUCAAUGGCUCUCUCGAAUCCCGUCUCUACAGUACCUUGACUUGAGUUCUGUUAACCUCUCCAUGGCAUCGAAUUGGCUUCAUGAGAUCAAUAUGCACUCUUCUCUGUUAGUCUUGAAAUUAUCUAAUACCGGACUUCCUGAUAUUCCUUCGACUCUACAGCAUGUAAACUUCACUUCCUUCACCAUGCUCGAUCUCUCCUCCAAUUAUUUUCAAUCUGCCACCAUCCCUGACUGGCUGCUUAAUAUUAGCAGCCUUGUUCAACUUGAUCUCAGUUCUUGCAACUUUCAUGGGAGGUUAUCAAUUGCAGUAGAUAUGUUGGGGAAUCUCAACCGUUUGAAGUAUUUAGAUUUAUCCGAGAACCAAAUUACUGGAGACAGUACGCAAUCUUUGUGGAAUAAUGAGCACAUGGAGUUUUUGGAUUUAUCUUAUAACCAAAUUACUGGGCUUACUGCAGAAAUGUUGGGGAAUCUUAGCCAAUUGAGGUACUUGGCAUUGAUGGACAAUAAAAUUAGUGGUGAAAUUCCAGAAAACCUGGGAAAUAUUAGCCACCUAGUGCAUUUAGAGUUGUCUAACAAUAGAAUUGGUGGAGAAAUGCCAAAAAGCAUUGGGAACCUUGCCCGCUUGCAGUUUUUACGUCUAUUUUAUAACAAUAUUACGGGACAAAUACCAGAAAGCAUGUCGAUGCUCUGCAGCUUGCAGGUGUUGGACUUAUCAUAUAACAGAAUUGGAGGGGAGAUCACAAGUCUCAUGCAAGGAUUUUCUAAAUGCAUUAAUAAUAAACUGGAUGGGAGAAGCUUUUCAGGUUUAGAUUUUAUAGCAAUGAGUAAUAAUAAUUUCAGUGGGACAAUUCCAAAAAGUUUGGGCCAGUUAUCUGCGCUCACAUACUUAGAUCUAUCAUGGAACUCCUUCACAGGAUACUUGACUGAAGUGCACUUUUCUAAUCUCACAAGGUUAGAUGUGUUGGAUCUGUCUUACAACUCCUUCAAAAUGAACCUAAGUGACGGUUGGAUUCCACCUUUCAGUGCUGAUUUUAUUUAUAUGUGCUCUUGCCGUAUGGGACCUAAAUUUCCUGCUUGGCUUCGAACACAAACAAAGCUGAAUGGAUUGUGCCUCUCUGAAGCUGGAAUUUCAGACAAGAUUCCAUCAUGGUUGUGGUAUAAGGAUAUGAAUUACCUCAAUGUAUCCCAUAAUUGUAUGGAAGGACGAAUACCAAGUUCAUUGAGGAGCCGUACUUAUGGAUCACUUGAUCUGAGAUCCAAUUGCCUUUCUGGCCCAAUACCUAAUGUGAACGCCGAUCUCAUAAUUCUCUCCAACAACUCUUUUUCUGGACCCAUUUCCUUGAACAUUUUUGAAAAUGCUGGCCCUCGAGUACUCUCUUUAUCCCACAACCAUAUCAAUGGUAGCAUCCCACAUUUUCUUUAUAAUUGGACUUCAUUGGAGGUUCUUGACCUCUCCCAUAAUGAGUUAUCCGGAAGAUUUCCAGACUGCGGGAUUUGUAAUUUGACUUCAUUGGUGGUUCUUGACCUCUCCGAUAAUAAAUUAUUUGGAGGAUUUCCAGAUUGUUGGAGCAAGUCACAACGAGGAAUCCUUAAGGUACCAAAAAGCAACAGAGUAAAAGAUACAUCUAGCAUAGUGGCAUAUCCUAUGGAACUCCAAUCUUUGCAUGUGAGGAACAAUAGCUUAUCUGGUGAAUUUCCUUCCUUCUUGAGACUUUGUAAACAAUUAGUUAUUCUUGAUCUUGGUGAAAACAGAUUCUCGGGCAACAUACCUACAUGGAUUGGAGAAAGCCUUCCGUCUCUAAGAGUUCUUCGUCUAAGAUCAAAUUUCUUUGAUGGUAAUAUCCCGACACAAAUAUCUAGUCUGUCUUUUCUUCAGGUUUUAGACUUGGCAUGCAACAAUUUUUCAGGAAAUCUGCCAUCAUCUUUUGGAAAUUUUACUGCCAUGGCUGAGUUACAGGAAGGAAGAAAACCAAUACUUUCAGAUAAUAAUAUGGCAUCAUAUUAUUACCAAGAGAGUGUCUUAAUAUCUGCAAAAGGAUUAGAUCUUGACUAUACUACUGUGCUUUUAUUGGUUACAAGCAUUGACCUGUCACAGAAUAAUCUUUUUGGAGAGAUCCCUAAUGAAGUGACAAAUCUUCAUGGACUGCGUUUCUUGAACUUGUCUAGGAAUCAUUUCAUUGGAAAAAUCCCACAAAACAUUGGUGACAUGAGGCAGUUGGAAUCACUUGAUUUAUCAAUGAACGAUCUUUGUGGCCAAAUUCCCCAAACCAUGCUUGCUUUGAAUUACUUAAGCAAGUUGAACUUGUCAUAUAACAACUUGUCAGGAAGAAUUCCAUCAGGGUAUCAAUUUCUGACCUUCGAUGACCCCUCCAUCUAUAUUGGUAAUCAUAAUCUUUGUGGACAGCCACUGCUUGAUUGCCCUACUCGUGAACCUCCACAUCAAGAAGAGGAAGAAGUAGAUGAAGAUGACUAUGAUAUGAUAUGGAUUUAUGCCAGCUCAGCAUUAGGAUUUGUCAUGGGAUUCUGGGGUUUUGUUGCUCUGGUGAUGAUCAAAAAAAAUAUCAGGAUUUCUUAUCUUCAAUUCAUCGACAGAAUAUGUGAUUGGGUUUAUACAGAAUUAGCAAUCAAAUUUACCAAGCUGAAGUCUCUCAUAGGGAAGAGCAGCCACAAGCGUAGCUAA